CACAACUCAAAGUGAAAAUAUCAACGACAAAAAAGGGGUUGAUAGCGUGAUUAUUAAUCUUGCGAUUGACGCCACCGUCGAUGUUAACGGACAAGCGAAGGACACUUCUUAUUCGUACUUCAGCGCCUCGGAGGAGAGCAAAAUCGAGAUUAUCCAGUUCAGUCACAUUUACGGAGUCCAAAAACUGGGAGUAACUCCGAUUCAACAAGCUGUUCUGAUUGUCCUCGUGCCCACGCACUUGAAAAAAUCAAAAAAUGAAGUAAUCGAAAUAGCGAGGAUAAACGCAACAACAUUGAAGUACUUUGACUCAACAAAUCGAAAUGACAAUGACUACGUUUGCAAAACCGAAAGAAUUGGAGUGAAUGAGAAGAAAAUUAUUACGAGGGAGUCGAAUAAUUUCACACAGUCUGUAGACACUUCUUUGAGGAAUCGUGCGUUAUUUCUCAACUGCGAUAAUGAUGCAAUUGAUUGUGUUAAUGUCACGUGUCUCAUGGACGUGCCAAGAGAAUCUGUUAAUCCCUCUGUAAUCGCAGAAUUGAAAUUGACGAUUGAUUUGUUGUUGAAAAACGUCCCUGAUGAUUUAACGACUUCGAAAGACAUUAUAUAUUUCAUAUCAAACGGAUCAGUGAUGAUUACUCAUCCAUCGCGAGCUAGUGAAGCGUCUGGAGUGAGGGCAAAAUCAACCCUCGUUGGCACUAAAUUCCUGGGCACACCUGUAGCAGCUCCAGUAGCCAGCUGGGUAAUUCCUGUCUCGGUGCUCGUUGGAAUUCAUCUGCUAGCACUUGUGAUAUUCGCUCUUGUCAAACUGGGAUUUUUCAAGAGAAAACACAAAGAGGAAUUGGAGGAACUCAAGGCAGACUCCGACAAGAAAGAGGGCAUGGUCAUUGAGACUUCAUCGUCAAGGGAGUGCCUCGAUCAGGAUUGAUCUGAGCCAAUUAAAAAAUUAUUCAAAAAUCCUUAGGAUAAUUAAUUCCCCGGAAUGAUAUCCCGAAUAAAACCGUUGUAUCAUCUGAGAAACAUAAUUUUAAUGAUUCGAUGACACACUGAUGUGUCAUCGAGCCCGCGAAAAAAGAGAGGCAAAUACUAUACUAUGACAGCGUCAAACCUGCCUUAUUUAAUGACGCUCUCUCUUCUCUGUAAACAUAGUCAGUGUUCAAUGAUGUAAGCCUUUGGUUUUCAGCGAGACUCACAUCCUUCCUGCGCCCAGUGAACAGCUCAUUUCAAUCUUGCAUUAGUAUCUCAAUGAAGUGGCAUCGUGUCACCUCCAGAGUCUCUCAGGUUUCAUUCAACCAUAUCUCUGUACAUACUCUUGAAUAAAAAUGCUCCACUGGACAGUGAAUUUUUCCAUAAUUUUAUUAAUCUCUUGUGUUGAUAUUGGGGCAUACAAUUUGGACACAAAAAGUGCAGUUGUCUUCAGUGAUCCCAAUGCAGGAUUUUACAGAAAAGGAAGUUACUUUGGAUACGCUGUUGCACUUUAUGCGAGCACUUCUGAUCCUCUGGUGAUCGUUGGUGCACCCAGGGCCAAUGUCAGUAGAUUAUUAGGGAUCAGAGAACCUGGUGCUGUUUAUUAUUGUCGACUGAGUGGUCAUUGCAAAGAAUGGCCACUCGAUAAUUCUAGAAAUGGUGGACUUCAUGGAAUCGAAGGGAUUGAUCAGAUGAUCGAUGAGUCAUGGAUCGGUGCUACUAUUUCUGUGGAAAAUAAACCACAGCCCAGAGUCGUGGUUUGCGCUCCGAGGUGGAAGAAUAUUCUGUGGGGCACUCCGUUCAUGAAUGGUAUCUGUUAUUACACAAUUGCGAAUUCGUCGAGUGCCUUUCAGAGACCCGUCCAAAAAUUCAUUACGGAAUUGGCUUAUCCUCGGCGGCAGUUGACGAGUGGGGAUUUUCAUUACAAUUACUUUGCGAUGGGACAAUUGGGAUUUUCGAUUCAUCAGUUUUCGGACGAGCCCAUUUGGGACGCUAUGGUCGGAGCUCCUGGGUGUUAUGCUUGGACAGGAACUCCAGUGAUGAUUUCAGAAAAUAUGCCUGGGAGACUCAGCUCUCAGAUAUCUGAGAAGUUUGACGAAAAUACUCAAUUAAGUGGAUACAGCGUGACGUCAGGCUUUUACUUCGACGAUAAGAGGAGAUGGUACGUCGCCUCGGCCCCUCAGACCGGCGAUCUUAAGGGAAAAAUCGAAAUUUUCCAGUACGACGGUAAUCUUGCUUUCAGAGAAGUGAAAAUUGUCAAGGGCACGCAGAGCGGAGAGUAUUUCGGGGCCUCAGUGACCUCCUGCGAUGUUGAUAACGAUGGGAGAGAUGAUCUGAUCGUUGGAGCUCCAUCGUGGAGCAUGAGUGGAGACGAGGGGCGGAUUUAUAUGAUUUCAGCGAGAAAAAAUUCAAAUGGGUUUGACACGACUUGGAUCGAUGGAAAAUUCGAGGGAGCUCGAUUUGGAUCGAGCGUUGUCUGUCUAGGUGACCUGGAUCACGAUGGCUAUGGAGAUGUUGCUGUUGGGGCACCGUACGAGGAUAAAUCCGGUGCUGUUUAUAUUUUCAACGGUGGUCGUUACGGAUUAUCUAGAGAGCCAAGUCAAAAGAUCCUUGGCAAGGAUUUUGGGAGGCUGAGUGGCUUUGGAAUCGCCAUUUCUGAACCCAGGGAUGUCGAUGGAAAUGGCUAUCCUGAUGUUGCCGUUGGAGCUUACAGAUCUGGCCACACUGUGCUCUUUCGAGCUCAACCAGUCGUUAAAGUGAAUAUUAGUUUGAAUUACGUCGACUCUGCGAGGCUCAACAGUAACACUACCAAGUUUUCUGUUAGAUUCUGUGGGUAUUACGACGGACACAGAGCACCUGAGACUCUGAGGGUGAAGAGAAUUUUCAGAGUCGAUGAGACACAUCAUCGGGCGAGGCUUGACACUCAUUCAGGUAAUGAUGGAGCUUACGAAUUCGAAGGUGUUCUUCAUAAUGGACGAGAAGUUUGCGCCGACAUCCCAAUAAUUCUGAUGGAAGGAACGAAGACAAAUCCAAUCGACAUUUCUGCAUCCGUCGCACUGGUGGAUGCACCUGUGGCACUCGACAAAUUUCGCUCGAAGAUUGAAGACGCAGUGCGUCUUCCCUUCGACGUCGACUGCGGCUCCGACAACAUUUGCUUCUCGAAUCUGACUUCAGAAGUCUCCACAUCUCUUGGAGAAGGAAACAGGUACAUCGUGGGAGGGGAACGAACCGUGAAAGUCUUCAUGGACGUUCGCAAUCAUGGAGAACCUGCUUACGAGACUCAAGUGCAUGCAGCUCUUCCGCAUUUCCUCUCUCUGGCGAAUCUGCCUUCCGGCUGUGAGGAGAAUCACCUGAUCAAUGGAUCUGUCGAGGUUGUUUGUGGCGUCGGAAAUCCAUUACGACAUGAGACAAGACUGACACUCGAAUUAUCGAUGAGUCAAGUGGAAAUUGAGUCAGAAGACUACUCAGACUCGAUACAAGUGCCGAUUCACCUCACGACUCAAAGUACGAAUAUUAAUCAUGAAGGAGGAAUACAUAAUUUAGUGAUCAAUCUCGCGAUUAACGCGAGCGUUGACAUUACUGGAAAGGCAGAGGAGAGUAUCUAUUCGUACUUGGACUCCUCAGGAGACGCAAAACUCGAUGUUAUCCAGUUCAACCACAUUUAUGGAGUCCAAAAGCUGGGAAUAACUCCGAUUCAACAAGCUGUUCUGAUUGUCCUCGUGCCCACGCACUUGAGAAAAUCAAAAAAUGAAGUAAUCGAAAUAGCGAGGAUAAACGCAACAACAUUGAAGUACUUUGAUUCAACAAAUCGAAAUGACAAUGACUACGUUUGCAAAACCGAAAGAAUUGGAGUGAAUGAGAAGAAAAUUAUUGCGAGGGAGUCGAAUAAUUUCACACAGUCUGUAGACACUUCUUUGAGGAAUCGUGCGUUAUUUCUCAACUGCGAUAAUGAUGCAAUUGAUUGUGUUAAUGUCACGUGUCUCAUGGACGUGCCAAGAGAAUCUGUUAAUCCCUCUGUAAUCGCAGAAUUGAAAUUAACGAUUGAUUUGUUGUUGAAAGACGUCCCUGAUGACUUAACGACUUCGGAAGACAUUAUACAUUUCGUAUCAAACGGAUCAGUGAUGAUUACUCACCCAUCGCGAGCUAGUGAAGCGUCUGGAGUGAGGGCAAAAUCAACCCUCGUUGGCACUAAAUUCCUGGAGACACCUGUUGCUGCUCAAGUAACCAUCUGGAUAAUUGUUGUCUCUGUACUCGUUGGAAUUCUUCUGCUGGCACUCCUGAUAUUCGCUCUCGUCAAACUGGGAUUUUUCAGUAGGAAACAUAAGGAAGAAUUGGAGGCACUGAAGGCUGAUUCUGACGAAAUCAACGGCAUCCCCGUAGAGACGACCUCAUCAAAACAGAGCUUAGAUCGAUAUUAAUUGAAACCAAAUUAAUUUAUGAAUAUUUUUUAUUUAAUAGUCUCACUGUGCCAUGACUGGAGUCUUCUCCCACUGUAAAUAGCUAUCAUAUCAUUUUAAAUAUAAUAAAUCUACUGCCUAUUCUUUGGCCGCGAU